CAGUUACGAGGCAAUGGCAAUGAUGGGAUCGGCCACAAAUGUUAAAUAUACAGACUUGUCUAACAUGAUUGAUGAGAUCUGUCAAAGACACAGUAAGGGUUUCCAUCAUCCUAUUUUGGAUUCUCUUAAAUCAAGCUUCAGUUAUGAAGUGGAAAUUUUAUCCAAUUUGUUAAAAGCUCAGUGCGACAUGGCAGACUGGAAAUUUCUCCCAUCCCUUCUUCACCUUCAUGAAAGCUAUGUCAAAUUGUCCUCUUGGUGUCAGUUUCUCCCACCAGGAGAGCUAUCAACUUCACUCGCAAGAAAGAAGUCAAUAUUCAGCAGCACUCCAAAGAAACAUGUUGAGGCACCUUUUCUUUAUCAGUGGCUUGGAAAACUGCAGGAUGCAUUAGUUUCAAAGUUCACUCUUUAUUUCUACAACAUACUUGAAAGACAAACCACACCAAUCGACAUGAAGUCAGUUAUUUCACGGGCCAGUGCUGAUUAUGUCGGAAGGAUCAUGGCAUUCAUUCGUCGCUCAGAUGCAUUUAGUGUCAAUAUGUUACUGGAUACUCAUCAGUUGGAGCAGUACCAGGGACAUGGAUACCACCUUCCGUUUGAUAUUAAGGAGAAACCCUCUGGCUUGGGGGCUUUUCCUGCCAUCUUUUCAUUCCCUGGGGACCGGCCUGUAGGGCAUUGGCCAAAUAUCGUGUCUAUACUCCUUGAUAAAGUUCAUGAACUCAACACCAUGGAGAAAAUUGUGUUCUUCUUUGAUAAUCGUGUCCAGAGCACAUAUUUCUUGACCAGAGUGGAUCCGCGCUUGACUCUGGUUGUUAUAUUCAACAGCAAAAGAUCAGAGAAGGACUCUUAUGUUACCACGUUUCUUACAGAAACAGCGACCCUUCUGAGAAACACAAAAGUCUUCGCUAUGCUUAAACAAGGGGGAAAGAAUUGAACAUAGAGAAAUAUCCUCAGUGAAGCUGUACUUCUACCACUUCAAGAAGAAAUGGAGUACAGAAGUUGAAAGAAAAACUGAAAAGAAGACUUGAUAUCACAUGUAGUUAAACAAAACAUUGUUUUAAAAUACCACUAAAGGAGAGACAAUCGAUUUAUUGAAGUAACAAAUUGAUCUUGAAUUUGAAGUAGUGUACAUUUAAUUUUGAUAAGAAAUCUGAGUCCAUUAAAUAGUGAAAAAUGCUCUUCUUCCACCUAAUUAAACCAUUUACCCUGAGCUACCACGUUUGCCUUCAUCUACCCAAAGUUAGCCUCGUUUACCAUGUUAACCCACAUCCACUCUUAGCUACCAAGUUUGCCCACAGCCACGUUCUACCACAUUCAUCAACGUCUACCCGAAGUUAACCUUGUCCCACCAGGACAAAAGACAAAGGUGUCCGGUUCGAUCGCACCAUGGUUAGAUCGCUCCACUCGAAAGUUUGAUAGCUCCAUCAAAUAAGUUACUUCGCUCCCAACUUAAGUUACUUCGCUCCCAACUUAAGUUACUUCGCUCCCAACUUAAGUUACUUCACUCCCAACUUAAGUUACUUCGCUCCCAACUUAAGUACUUCGCUGCAUGUUGUAAUGUGAUGUAUUACUUACAACUGAUCUUUAAAGAUUAUAGGUGAUGAUGUGUCGGGCGACGAUUCGAGUACAUCGCAUUCACUCUUUCCUUCAGAUUAGCCACCGAGCUACCGAUGUAUGAUGUAUAGCGAUGAUGGAAUAAAUGAUCGUGGAAUAAAUCGUAACGUUAUGGUCUGAAGUGUAUGGAAGUGUAUGGAAGUGUAUCGCCUUCACCACAAACUAACUUAUCUACCGAGACUUGCAGGCCAAGAUCUUCGAUCUCUGGGAUCAAAUUAUACGAGUCAAACCAGAAAUCCGCCUGACAGCUACUCAGAGCCUGUUCGUUCCUGAAUGGUCCAGUUUAGAGAGCAGCAGACAACCCAAACAUCACAAACAAACGGCUCCUCUAGGAGCCACCAAAUGAAAUAAAGUAAAUUACCAACAAUGACUAGGAUUGCUUUCGAAACGUCAAACUAAGACCCGAGCGAGACUGAGUUCGACUUCGGUUAAAAAUGGCGAGUCUUUCUUCGUGUUACAACACUCUUUUUCGUCCUUCUUUCUUCUUAUCAAGCUUCGACCUUGGAUCUCUACAUGGCGCGAAGUAACUUAUGUUGGGAGGGAAGUAACUUAAUUGAUGGAGCGAUCUAACUUUUGGUGGGAGCGUUCUUUCGAUGGUGCGAUCAAACCGUAAUUCGAGACAAAAUACACACUCUAGUUUUACAGGAAUUCAAACUGUGUCAAACUCUAAUCAGAGAAAUCAUGUUUGAUGCGUUUAAAACGCACAUUACUCUACACUUGAACUAAAUAAAAGACCAUAACGAUC